AUGGCAUCGGCAAAGAACGAACAUGGGCGCGAGAGCCUUCGCGAAAUCAAUGCCAACCUCCUUAGGCUGGACCACGAGAUCGCGCGCAAGCUGGUGGCCGCCCAGAAGCGCUUGCAGGAGCGCAAGGCUCCGAGCGCGAGCAUUGACCUUACAGCUGAUGCGGAUAGCGAUGCUGAAACUGGAGGCGAUGAGACUGGACCCGGGACCGGCACUGCCACUGCCUCUGCGAACGGUCGUCCAUCGCUCUCAGACAUCGACGACGACGACCCGCGUCUCGACGAGCUGAAAUGGGACUGCACGCAGAUCCGGCGGAAGAUCAGCGCGCUAAUCGACUCCAAGCAGAUGAAAGUCUCCGAGUUCCUGCGCGCCGCGGACCUCAGUAGCCGUGCGUACUAUGCGUUCAUGCAGCAGAGCGGGAAGUGGACUGGGCAGGGGUCGAGCGUGUACGCGGGCGCGCACCGCCUAUUCAUGAAGCGCGAGAUACUGGGGAUAAUACCGAAAAAGGUCGCCGCGCCAAGUAAGAAGGCGAAGCUGGAGAUGGAGCAGAAGUAUGAUGUCAGUGCGAUUACGCUGGAGGGCGAGGAGGAAGGCGACGUGCCCGUCUUCGACACGUGCGACGAGGUCCGGAAGAAGAUCCGGGCGUGUCUGCGCGAAUCGGGCAUGACGAAGACGGCGUUCUGCAAGGAGAUUUCCAAGACGCCGAUGCCAGAUCGCAAUGGUAAUUUGAAGACAGCGCCCAUGGGGACGCAGCCGCUGACGGCGUUUUUGGGGAAGAAGGGGGUCAAGGACGGGAAUCAGAGUCAGGUGUUCUAUGCGGCGUAUGUGUUUUUUGAAAAGUUGCGGAUUCGCGAUGGGAAGCCCAAGACGGAGUUUCGGGAGGCCAUGGAGGUGGCCUGGGGCCCGCAUGGGUUUGAUCGCGUGACGGGGCCGAAUCAGACGUACAUUACUACAAAGGACAGGCCUCUGUACCUGGAUGAGUAUGGGCGUGUGCGGUCGAGCUAG